GACCUUGGAACAUCGGUUCUCAUGGCAGUGUCUCAGACCACUCGGUGGCGGUUGAUUUCUGGGACCUUAGGAGUCAUAUGCCUUUUGUUGAUGGUUACUUUGGGAAUGUUGUUGAAAUCUUCAAAUUUCGAAUCAUUUCUUAUGGCACACACUAAAACAGAUGUGGAGUCAACAUCCUCUCCAGGACCCGACAGAGAACUCCAGGAAGGCCCUGACUGCUGUUCUUGCCCAAAGAAGUGGGUUGGGUACCGAUGGAACUGCUACUUCAUCUCUAGUGAAAUGAAAACUUGGAAUGAAAGUAGAAAUUUCUGUGCUUCUCAGAAUUCCAGUUUGCUUCAGCUUCAAAACAGAGAUGAACUGAAUUUUAUGAACUUCAGUCAACGCUUUUACUGGAUUGGACUCUCCUACAAUGAAGAACGUGGGGCCUGGCUGUGGGAGAAUGGCUCUGCUUUUUCCUGGGAUCUAUUUUCAUCAUUGGAAACUCCAGAUACAAAGAACUGCAUAGUGUAUAAGCCAAUGAACAGUGCUAUGGAUGAACCAUGUGAAAGAGAGAAUCAUUACAUCUGUAAACAACAGCUCAUUUAAGUGCCCCUUGGGUCAGAGAGGUG